GCGACAUUCAACCAUAGCGUUUUUUCUUGAUUUUUGUUGCGUUUUUGGAAGAGCUGGGAGAGAAAGGAGCUCUAGGUUAUCAGAGCCGGAUAAAAACUUCAUAGCAGAUGACUUCUCCGUUAAGCUGGUGCCGAGUGUCGCACGACUUUGCGCUGCAGAUUAACGUAAUCCUGUUAGUGGUGGGAGUGAUCUUCCUUUUGGACGUGUUCAGUCACCUCUACUUAAAGGUAGUAAUGUUCCCCGGACUGCGCCUCUACCCAGUGUCCUUACGGUCAUGGGUCUUCUGGGUGCGCAUCCUGACGAUGGUUGCGUACAAUGUGAAUGCGAUCAUCGGAAUUUUCAUGUCCCGGGAACUAACCGUAUUCAAAUUCGUGGGAUACGUGCUGAUUGGAUGCGUUUUACUGUUGUACUCAUUUAGCAUCGCGGUGUCGCGCUUCAUGUUUCGCAGCAGGUUCGAGUUCUUCGUCAAAAUGCUGGUCCUCCAGAUGUGGAUAAAUAAUAGCCUUAGCAAGAUUGAGGUGGAGUUCGGAUGCUGCGGUAAGACCAGCGUGAUCGACUACCAGACAGUUGCAAAUAACCGCACCUGGGCAGCUGGUUCCUGUUGCGAGGAGCAGAACUGUACCGGUUGCAUAACGAAGGUCACACAAUACCUGUGGACUAUUGAGAUGGACGUGGCACGGGACAACAUAAUCGUGUCCUUCUUUCUGCUACUGUCGUUAAUUGUUAUGGCUGCGCACUAUAAAUAUGUGCAGUUGCAACAGGAGUCUUACUAUUCGGACAACUCUGAAGAAAUAUUUCGCGCGGAUGACACGAAUACGGAGAGAAUAGCCAUACGGGCUUAAAUUAACAACCACUGCCCGCGAUGGUCUAUUUAAUUUCAAAUUAAUUACCUCGACUAGUUGCGUACUUAAUUUCACCAAUACCGUUUAAAUGACUACCGCCUUAUCGAAAAUUUUAAAGAGAUUACAAUUUAAUAGCAACCUUUGGAAUAAUCGUCAGAGGACUACUGAAAAUUCUAAAAAUUAUUGUUUG